AUGAUGGCUAGCGUCCCUCCCUUCGCCGUGCGUAGUACUCGUCUUUCCCACGCAGCGCUGCUGUGUCUCGUCAUCUCCAUCGCGCUCUCCGCGCCGUGCGCCGUGCGCGGCGCGCCGGGUCCCGCCGCGACGUCGAUAGCGGCGACACUGGCGAGCGCGGAGUCGCCGUCGCAGUCGUUCAACGUGUCGCUGCUCGUCCUCAACGCCACCGGGCUGCUCGCCAAGCUGCCCUCGCUCGCGCCGCUCACUCUCUUCGCGCCCACCGACGCCGCGUGGCGCGCCGCAUUCCACGCCCUCGCCCUGCCGUAUCUCAGCGGCUACAUUCCCUUCCCCGGCCCCGGCUUUGGAUUCGGCGGCGGCAGCGGCUGCGGGACCCCCGGAAGCCCGGGCAGUCAGGGGAACAGUUCAGACGGCGCCGCCAAUCCUGGUGAUAUCGCGCAGCCGAUCUCAGAGCCCGGCGCGGCGGGAGGCGCUAGCGGCGGGGCGAGUGCGGCGAUGAUCCCCGGCCUUCCGCAAUUGCCGCUGCCCGACGUUCCCGACCUGCCCAUUCCCGGGAUUCCCGGCGGGUCGGACGGGUUGAAUCUGACGAUGCCGUCUCUGGAUAACAUGACGAUUCCCAUGCCGCCUGAAAACUGGACCAUGCCGGACUUUAACAUGUCCAUGCCCGACAACUGGACCAUGCCGGACUUUAACAUGUCCAUGCCCGACAACUGGACCAUGCCGGACUUGAACAUGUCCAUGCCCGACAACUGGACCAUGCCGGACUUCAACUGGACCAUGCCCGAUUUUAAUUGGACCACACCUAAUCUGUUGACUUUCGACCCGCUUCUCGCCGCAUUGAGCGCCGUGUUUUCCGGCGACGGGACGCCCGCGUCGCUGGCGGCGCUGGCAAAGGAGCGGCCCGAGGCGCUGAAGGCUCUGUCGGAGCUGCUCGCAUACCACGUGGCGACGGCGGCGCUGAACGCGGCGGCCAUCGCGGCGCAGUUCACGGCGGAAGCGGGCAACCUGACGACGGUGAACGGGCAGGGGCUGUGGAUCAACUACAAUAAGAGCGAGUCCGCCGCGCUGCUCAACGCGUACUCGCCGGCGCAGCGCGCGCUGAUCAGCGAGGGGAUAAGCGUGGGGUACGACGGAACCAUCUACUACCCCAACGGCACCACCGUCGCCGCCAACGGCACAGUGCUGUAUGACGCGGGGACGAGCCCCAUAGCCGUGGACUCGGACGGCAACACCUACUUCGCCAACGGCACCGUCGUGAGCGCUAAUGGCACCCUUGUGACCAACGGCACCCUCGCCUCCAACGGCACCGCCAUCCCCAUCGACGGGCCGGGCCUCCCCCUUCCCCCCGUCCCCCUGCCCCCUGUCGUCACGUCGUCCGCCUCCGACGGUUCGGUGGCGCCGGGCGGCGUGGCUGGCGCGCAGAUGAUGAUGGAGCCUCCCCCCAUGAUGGGCGGCGGCCCCGCCGAUAUGCCCCCCGCCACUGCCAUGCCCGGCCCCAUCCAGGUGGACCCGCGCCCGGGGGACAUGGGCGCAGGGGGCAUGAUGGGGGGCUUGGGGGACAUGAUGGGCGGGUGGGGGGGCAUGGCGGGGUGGUGGGACAACUGGACUGCGGAGGUGCAGCAGCAGCUGCUGGGGAAUGCGACUGAGUGGAUGAAUAAGGUCAUGCCGGGGCUCAACGUGACUGCCACCGAGUACCUCGCCUGGCUCAACUCAUCCUCCUUCGGCUGGUCGUCAGACUCCGGCAGCAUGUGGGAACAGGCUGGCAGCGACAUGAACGUGGCUCGGGUGGUGCGGGUUGAUCUGAUGGACAGCGCUGGCAUGGUGGUGCAUGGCGUCAAUGGCGUGCUCUUCCCGCACUUCCGCGACUUGCCCGUGUUCCCUGUUGAGUUGGACGACUCAGACUUGACGAGGAAUGGCACGGCUACCAACGGAACCACCGGCGAUGGGAGCAGUUCUGCCUCUGGCAAUGGAACGGCAGACGCGGGUGGAAUGGCAGAUGGCAUUCCUACCAGCAGCAGCCCUGGAAACUCCAGUGGAGGGACCAGCAGCAAGGGAGAUAUCAGUAGCAGCAGCACUGUGCCUACUGCGGGGACAGCUCUGACUGGCACAUCUGGAAAAACUGGUGCUAGAGGUCAUCCAGCCAUGCUCCCACUCUGGUCUUUUAUCUUCGUGGAGGAGGAGCAGCGCCGAUUUGAUGCGGAAGUCGCGGAGGUCGAGGCGUGGUGGGCGUCGGGCCGCUUUGCUCUCACCAGCCGGCCCUACACUGCCAGGGACGUCGUUCGCCUCCGGGACAGCCUCCCCAAGAUGUACCCUUCGGGCAUGCAGGCUAAGAAGCUAUACGCGGUACUGAAGCGGCACCAAGCAAACGGCACGUGCUCGCGCACGUUCGGGUCGCUGGAUCCGGUGCAGGUGGCGCAGAUGGCCAAGUACCUGGACUCCAUCUACGUGUCGGGCUGGCAGUGCGCGUCGACGGCGGCGUCGUCGAACGAGCCCGGGCCGGACCUGGCGGACUACCCGUACGACACGGUGCCCAACAAGGUGGAGCACCUCUUCCUCGCGCAGUCGUUCCACGACCGCAAGCAGCGCGAGGCGCGCUUCAGCAUGAGCAAGGAGGAGCGCGCGCGCACGCCGUACGUGGACUACCUGGCGCCCAUCAUCGCGGACGCCGACACGGGGUUCGGCGGCAUCAGCGCGACGGUGAAGCUGGUGAAGAUGUUUGUGGAGCGCGGCGCGGCGGGCAUCCACAUGGAGGACCAGGCGUCAGUGACGAAGAAGUGUGGGCACAUGGCGGGCAAGGUGCUCGUGUCCACGCAGGAGCACGUCAACCGCCUCGUCGCGGCGCGCCUGCAGAUGGACAUCAUGGGCACGGAGACGGUGCUGGUGGCGCGCACGGACGCAGAGGCGGCGACGCUCAUCAUGACCAACGUGGACAAGCGCGACCACGCCUUCAUUCUCGGCGCUACCAACCCGCGCCUGCGCGACCAGGCGCUGGUGCAGGUGAUGGCGGACGCGCAGGCGGCGGGCAAGACGGGGCAGCAGCUGCAGGCCAUCGAGGACCAGUGGACGGCGGCGGCGGGGCUCCGCCUCUUCGCCGACGCCGUCGCCGACGCCAUCCGCAAGCUGCCGCUGGCGGACGCCGAGAAGGCGCGCCGGCUGGACCAGUGGGCGGCGCAGGUGGGCGCGCUGUCGAACGCGGAGGGGCGCGCGCUGGCGGCGAAGCUGGGCGUGACGGAGCUGUUUUGGGACUGGGACCUGCCGCGCACGCGCGAGGGCUUCUACCGCUUCCAGGGCAGCACCAAGGCGUGCGUGGCGCGUGGCAUCGCGUUCGCGCCGCACGCGGAUCUGGUGUGGAUGGAGACGGCAAAGCCGACCAUCAGCCAGGCGCGCGAGUUCGCGGAGGGCGUGAAGGCGGCGCACCCGCAGCUGAUGCUGGCGUACAACCUGUCGCCGUCGUUCAACUGGGACGCGUCCGGCAUGAGCGACGCGCAGAUGCAGGAGUUCAUCCCCGCGCUCGCGCGCAUGGGUUUCUGCUGGCAGUUCAUCACGCUCGCCGGCUUCCACGCCAACGCGCUCGUCACCGACACGUUUGCGCGCGACUACGCGGCGCGCGGUAUGCUGGCGUACGUGCAGGACAUCCAGCGGCAGGAGCGCGCGUUCAGCGUGGAGACGCUGGCUCACCAGAAGUGGUCCGGCGCGAGCUACUACGACAGCCUCAUGAAGACCGUCACGGGCGGCGUCUCGUCCACCGCCGCCAUGGGCCACGGCGUGACAGAGGAUCAGUUCGGCUCAGCAGGCGCUGCCAUGGGCGCAUCGCACUUGCUGGCGUCGUUGUAA